AAAGUGUCAGCUUGGUUGACAAGACAAAAUUAUGAGUGAAUAAUUAAAAUGUUGUGGUCAGUUACGAAAUUAUGUAACGAAAAUUUUCAUCGGUAAAUCGAAGAAAACCUGGGAUCUCUAAGCACGUGAGCAACGACCUUUUUAAGCUAGUGUUUUGGGCUAUUCGUCAGUUGCCAUGAGAUCUCAGUUGUUAUAAAAUAUAGUUAUUUUGGAAUUCUUCGUUUUUACCAGAUAAAGAAAAUGGCACGUGAAGCAUGCAAUAGUCAGUUUAAAAACUUGGCCAAAGUCUAUGAACAAGAUGCUGCCGAAAGUAUAAAGAAAUACGAAGUACUAAAAGAUUUAGAUUUGUUUGUCCUAGACAACUCAAUAAGAGAGAGCACAGUAGGCCAGCUUAGAGGUCACACCAUUGAAAACAAGUGGAAAGUUUAUGACGAAGUUAAAAAAUGUGGAUUUAAGCAUACAAUAGUUGCCUCCUUCAACCACAGCACUCGUGUAGAUGAUGUCUUUAUCAAACAACUCAUUGAAAAAGGAGAGGAUCGUGCAAGUCUUUGGGCUUUCUCAGAAAUAACUGAAGCAAUAAAGAAGAAAGUUCCUGACACUGAAAGCAUACCUGUAGGUCUAAGGAAAAUGAAAGAAGCUGGUCUGUAUAACGUUAUCUUUGAAAUCGAUCUUGGAGAUUCUACGUACGAUUUUGACAGAUUCACAACAAAAGAGAUGUGCGCAUUGCUUAAAAAAUGGGUAGACUGGGUUUUUAAAAAUUUGGGUACACAGGCAAAAGUAUUCGUAAGUUUCAGAGACCUCCCAGAUGCUAUGCCAACUGAUUCCGAAAGAGUUUUUGAAGUAACUGAUUUCUUAUGUAAACUACCAUUAUUUGGACUGAUGUUUGAGGAACCAAGAGGGCAAUCUCUUCCAGAGGAAUGUGGCGCAUGGGCAAAACAUAUAAGAAAGGUCAUGAAUGCCAAUAAUUUCAAAGGUCAUCUCUUGGUGCAUGUUCACGAGAAAUUUGGCUACUGUGAUGCUGUAGCUUUGCAGGUACUUAUGGAUGGAGCAGAUGGAAUUUGGGCUAGUGUAAUAAAAGAAGGUGCUGCCAUGGGAAAUGCGCCAUCUAUAGUUACAAUACUUAAUAUGAUUAGAAUGGGAAACAAAAAAGUGCUGAAAAAGUUUAAUUGCACGUACCUGAGAAAAGCAGCAAUAAACAUGACCAGAAUCACCACAGGAGUUGAUCCCCACAUCAAACAGCCUGUUUAUGGUGCACGUGCUCUCGACUUCGUUUUUGAUUUGAAUGCUGAAGAAUUUGAUUUUGCCGAAUUUUUCGAGGAACAAGCUCCUAUUCGAAUAACCACUCUUUCAUCAGCAAAAAUGGUCCAAACUAAGUUAGUCAAUUAUUUUGGCGAGAACGAAGACUUUACUAUAGAGCGAGCCAAUUUAAUGAAGGAAGUCAUGCUUGAAGAUUUACGAGCGAACAGGAAAGAAGAGUAUAUGAGUAAAUGUGGGUUAGCUGUUUUGUUUGACCGAUCUGGGGGAAAACUCACAGAUGAAAUAAGAGACGAAAUCGCCAACGAUCCAAUGAAGACACCACAUGGACAAAACCUACUUACAGAAAUCCGUGAAAGAUGGGACGAAUGGGACCUGAAAGAUAAAGUUCAGGGUGAUAACCUCCUGGAUUUCGACUCCUUCUACAAUGGAUUCAUGGCCCCUUAUUUUGCCUGUUACAGAUGUAACGAUACCAAAAAAGCGUUGCAGGCCCUCGAUAUGGAUAGCGACAACUCCGUUGAUUGGUCGGAAUUCUGCGUCUUUUUGAAAUGGGCAAUGAAGCAAUAUCCUAAAACAAUUAUAACUGCAGAUGAUUUACUCGAAGUAGCUUUCCGAAAAGGGCUAAUUCCUUGUAUGAGAGAUGAAAUGGUUACCAAAAAGUAAAAACUAAAACAAUUAUAUUGUAACUUUAAACCAACAGCAACUUAUAUUUGUAAUAAACCGCGUAUAUAUCUAUACAAUGCAUCUGCUUGUAACUGCUAAUAGUAUAUUGAUGUCUGUUAUGUGUAACACAAAUGUGAAUAUUUCAACAAUGUAGAGAUAUAAACAUGCAUCUGUUUAUGGUCAGAAAACUGUUUGUUAUUAAAAGUAAAUGUAAGAACAAAUAUAUGCAAAAAGAGAUUUUGACAUCCUAAAUAAACAAAAUAAUGUAACCAAUUGCUUGCCUGGAGACAUUUCUUCAAUAGUUUUAUUGUAUUUAGAUUAACAAAUUUAUUAAUAUAUUAACUUUUUUAAUAAAGAUGAAUUGCA